CUCGCUUCAGAAUGGUUUAUUCCAGUUCUCAUCACCGGAGCGAAUCGAUAGUUAAAGACGAAAUAUUGCGGCUCACUGUUUCAGCACCAACUGAAGUGACAUCACGAGUCUUCAGUGUGGAGAAAUGGAGGAACAGAAGCUGAAAGAUCCUCUUAAUAAAGUGUCGCUGAUCAAAGAUGAGCUGAGCAGAAGUACUGUGGAGGCCAGCGAGUCUGAAAAGGUCAUUCAGCGGCUGAACCAGGAACUGCGGGAGGCCCAUGAACAGGCCAACUCUGGCCAACACAAGUGUGUCGAGCUCCAAGGUCUCUUAGAAGAGGAGAAGAAAGCCAAAAAGCAGCAAGCAGAGGAGUCUGCCAAACAGAUGCAGGUGCUACAAAAUCAGCUCCAAAAGCUGCAGGAAGACAUGGGCAAACUGAGGGAUCAGAAGGACAGCGCAGUGUUUAGCAUGCGACAGGAAGCGCACUCAGCUCAGGAGGAAGUGCAGGUGUUGCGCCGCGCUAUGGAGAAAACUGCAGCCGAGCGAGAGCACGAGGUCAGCGCGUUGAAGGGGAAUCUCGCCACGCUAACUUCAGAGUUGGAUAAAUGGCAGCUGGCUGCAAACAAGUAUGAGCAUGAGCUUGAUAGUGUACAGGCUAGUCACCUACAGCAGAACCAGCAGAGAGACCGAGCUGCCAAACAACAAGCGACUGAGCUGGAGCGUCUGCAGAAGGACUGCGAGAACCUGCGGAGGGAGUGCGGCUCUCUAAAAUCUGAGAGAGAGCAGCUGGCUGAUAAACAACAGAAAGAGAAGAUCAGCCUGCAGGGUGAGAACAGCAGCCUACGCUCGGAGAAAGAGCAGCUCUUGAAGAAACAGCAGCAGCUGGAGAAAGAGCUUGAUAGCUCAAAAAAACAAAACACUACUCUGAGCAACAACGUCAAGACCCUGGAGAAGACGCAGGCAGACCUUGAGAAACGUCUAAGAACCCUGCAGGAGGAACACCAGAGUGACACCAGCCAGUUCAACAGCCAGCUGGAGCAAAGCAACAGCAGGAUCAAAGAACUGCAGAGAGAGUACGAGGCGAUCCAGGCAGAGCUGUCUGGCUUUAGGGAGAAGCACGAGAAUGCAGAGGAGGAGAAACUUUCCAUCAGUCUGGAGCUACAGCAGAGCCAAGAGCGCCUGAGGCUCCUGCAGGACAAAGAGAACAACCUGUCUUUAUUGCAGCCCAUCCUAGCCGUAGCCAUCGGCCUUGUCCUGGCUUUGCUGUAUUGGUGCUUGGGCCCAUUGUGGUAGAAAGGGUAAAUGGAUCAGGUGGAUGCCUGUCGCUGCCGGUGUAACUGUUGGCGUGACGACAUUUAUGCUUUUAAAGACCUCAAAAUGAGGAAGCAGUAACAAGCACCCUUUGUGGUAUACUUGCACACGUGUAGACAUUGCACCCUUGUAGCUUCUGUGGUGUUAGUUUAAGUAUCAAACGCAACUUGAUACUCAAAUAUCAAAGGCCUUGAAAUAAUAAUCAUGUUCACAACUUUCCCAAUGUGCACCUUAUGUCUUAUUUUAAAAUGAUAGACUGUGUAUGCGUAGCGUUUUUGAAGUAUCUGCUUAACUACAGUACAGGUAUUUUAUUGAAAACUGUUGCUUUGAGGAAGGAACACUUAGUGAAUCGCCUUAUAUUGUAAAACAUGAACGUGUUUUAUGUUUAUACCACCCUGAAAAAACUCCCAUGUGUCCAAACCAGAGUGUUGCAAUAAUGCAUUCAACGUUCCUUUAAGUUUUAACUUCAACAUCGAUUCUGAGGCUUUAGGGCCCAAAUCCUACACCAUAUAGUGUGUAGAUGUCAUUGCAGGAGUUCACUUUAUAGAAAGCCAUUAGUGAUUAGAAAUGUCUAUGCACUGUACUUUGCUGUGGUAAGGAUCUGACUUACUGUAUUAAUAAUGAUGAUGAUAAUAUUGUUCACUUAGGACAUUGGAGCACUAAUAUGUCCUGAAAUGAAUCUAUAAUAGAGUGUUUAUGGUUUAUUAUGUGUACAGAGAUUUAAAGUCUACCCGAUUUAACAAUUAUUUGCCAAUUCCAAUAAAUAAACCUGAAGUACUAAAUGUAUAAA